AAGAAAGACAGGUUUAUGGUAAACCCUGUGAUGCCGAGAAUGAAGGUCCCAAAGCGUUAUGUCAUAGUGUUGCUGACAUUCAUCUGCACAAAUGUCUGUUACAUUGAGCGUGUGGGUUUCUCGAUUGCGUACACCGUAGCAGCUGAUGCAAUCAACGUGAAUCAAGCAAACAAGGGCCUGAUACUCUCCAUGUUCUAUUAUGGUUAUGUUCUGUCGCAAAUUCCUGGUGGAUGGGCAGCUCAGAGAUUGGGAGGGAGGCGUGUUCUGCUCCUGUCAUUUCUGUUGUGGUCUUUGAUAUGCGGUCUAAUUCCACUGGACCCCAACAGAGUAGUCAUUCUGGUCCUUUCUCGCCUUUUUGUUGGUGUGGCACAAGGUUUCAUAUUUCCUGCCAUUCACACAGUCCUGGCACAAUGGGUGCCACCGCAGGAGCGCUCUCGCUCAGUGUCGUUGACAACCUCAGGGAUGUACCUCGGGGCAGCUUGUGGCAUGCUGUUCUUCCCAAGUCUGGUGAAGCACAUGGGACCCCAAUCUGUAUGUUUAGUCGAAGCAGUACUUGGAGUAGCAUGGUCUGUAAUAUGGUUGAAGUUCUCCAGUGAGCCACCUCGCACUGACCUUCCAAAAGUGGCAGUGCCAAAAGUAGCAUCUCGGGAGAAGAUUAAGGCGCAGUCAACAGGGGUUGUUGCACCUCGCACUGUAAAGAUACCAUGGCGAAGAAUUAUCUUCAGUCUACCUGUUUGGGCAAUUGUCGUGAACAACUUCACCUUCCACUAUGCCUUGUAUGUUAUCAUGAACUGGCUGCCUACCUAUUUCGAACUAGCCCUUAAGCUCAGCCUCCAGGAUAUGGGAUCGUCAAAGAUGCUACCCUAUUUCAACAUGUUUAUAUUCUCCAACAUUGGUGGAGUGGUUGCUGAUCACUUGAUUACAAAAAAGAUCUUAUCAGUUACCAAGACAAGGAAACUCCUUAACACCAUUGGGUUUGUUGUCUCGGCUGUUGCACUUAUGGCUCUUCCUUCCUUCGGUACGCCCUCAGGGACUGUGAUCUGUUCAUCUGUAUCCCUUGGUUUUCUGGCUCUAGGAAGAGCAGGGUUUGCGGUGAAUCACAUGGAUGUUGCUCCAAAGUUCGCCGGCAUAGUGAUGGGGGUUUCAAAUACAGCUGGGACCUUGGCUGGGAUAGUUGGCGUUGGCCUCACAGGAAAUAUUCUGGAGGCUGCAAAGGCCUCUAACAUGGAUCUAACAAACUCUGAAACCUGGAAAACAGUCUUCUUUGUUCCAUCAUACCUCUGUAUUUUUAGUUCAGUCAUUUUCUUGAUCUUCUCAACUGGUGAGAAGAUUUUCGAAUAG